AUGUCCAUGAAGAAUAGUUUCAUGCACGGCUUGCUCAAACGAGCAAUACAGACUCGAGCUUACACCUCGCUCUCAGAACGUCUACACCAUGACCUGACGACGCGGAAGAUCCCACUCUUCUUCGACUAUCUACAUCCUCAGCAAUCCCACCUGUUGAAUCUCUCUUUGCAGGGUAUUCUACCGCGUUCAUUAAAUCAGGAUGUACCGUCAAGUUUACCCUCAAUAAGAAAUCCGAUUCCAUUACCCAUAGGACACCACCUAGUCUACUUCCCGCCGCAGGUAUCCCUUUCACAACUACUUCCAGAUGGCACGGACAUAUUACACACACCCGGCGAGCCUUUUAACAGGCGGUUAUGGGCAGGUGGUAAUGUGCACUUCCCAAUUUCCGGACCAGCACUAGAUGGUACUCGUGCUGUUUGCGUUGAAUCCAUUCGCAAUGUCACAAUCAAGGGACGAGAAGGCGAAGGGAAGGUGAUAGUCACGAUCGAGCGCCGAUUUGGUACAGUUCCAGAAGGAGAAUCAGAAGCACAAACCCGAAGUCGAAUUUGGCAAGAAGAUGAAGCCGAUCUGGGUGACUCAUCCAUCAUCGAGAAUCGAGAUCUCAUCUUCAUGAGAUCUAAGACCGCGGAGGAAAUUGAACUUGACCAGGCGCAAUUUGAUAAACCGAGCCGCACUGUGAGGGCGCCUACUAAUGCGACUUUCCGCCAUUCGAUCAUUCCGACCAAGGCAUUGUUAUUCCGUUUCUCAGCGUUGACCUUUAACGCUCAUUCGAUUCAUCUGGAUACGAACUACACGCAAGGCCAAGAGGGAUUACGAAGUCUUCUGGUUCACGGUCCCUUGACCUUGACUCUACUGCUAAGCGUGCUCCAGACUCAUCUAGAGAGCUUGGGUCUUCGAGUUGCUCAUAUUGAAUACAAGAACCUGACGCCUUUGUAUGUCGACGAGGAACUUACUGUCUGUGGUAAGCCCAAGAGCGAUGGGGCUUGGGAUAUCUGGAUUGAGGGACCGAGCGGUGGUUUAUCUGUUCGAGGGUCUGCAAAGACAUGUCCAAUUUGA